GCACUCAAAUAAUGCUUCUCAGCAUAAAUACUUGAUUCUUGAAUUCUUUUGUUCUUAUCCCCAAACCACUAAACCUCUCCAAGUCCUUUUCAUUUGUAGCAAAGCAAUGGAUGCAGAACAAGUUCUGAAAUUGUUUGAUACAUACUGGUUUGAGACAACAAUCUUCACCAACAAAACCUCUUCACCUUUCCAUUCAACAUUGGAUUCAACCUCUCGGACCCAGGUGUUGGAAGUGCUUCGUUUAGAUACAAAGCUUACAAGAAUUCCAACACUUCAAGUGAGGUCUUUUAGUGAUCAAAACUUGGGCUCAAAAGUUGAUGCUUUCUCUGAUUCUCUAUCACCUGAUUCUGUCCUCACACCACAGAAGCUGAGAACAAUUCUUUCUGGGAAGGAAGUGAGAGAAUUCCCACUGGAAAAAGGUCAUGGAAACCAUGAAGAUGAAGAGGAAGAAGUAACCACUAAGAAAAAGCUCAUUAGUCAGAGUCAUAGAAGAAGACUCAGAAAAGGAAAAACCACUAGGAGCCUAUCAAACCUUGAGUUUAAGGAGCUAAAAGGGUUUAUGGAUUUGGGUUUUGUGUUUUCUGAAGAAGACAAAGAUUCAAGAUUGGUUUCUUUGAUACCGGGGUUGCAGAGGCUGGGAAGAGAUGAAGCACGUGAGAGUACAGAACAACAGAACAUUGAUGAAACUGUGAUUUAUAGGCCUUAUUUAUCAGAGGCUUGGGGUAUCUUAGACCAAAGGAAAGUUGUAAAUCCAUUGUUGAAUUGGAGGGUACCAACUCCAAGCAAUGAGAUAGACAUGAAGGACAAUCUUAGGUUCUGGGCUCACACAGUUGCAUCCAUUGUAAGAUAACAAUGAACAAUUAAGUUUUCUUUUCAGGUGGAUGUGUUAAGUGCACUCUUGCUGUUUUUAUUUGGAAAAUCCUUAUUUUUAUAUAUUUGAUUCUAGCUAUA